CACCACGUCCUACUGUCUUAUAUGCACUCCCUUGUCCUUGCCGACUCCCGCAAGGUUAUUGGUCAACCUUUAAAUGAUCGUACUCCGCCUUGCCUCCCAUUCAGCUCUUUAGAACGAGGUUCACGAGGUUCAAUGGCCGGUGACCUGGUAGAUUCCAUGAUAGAGGGUAGGAUUGUCCUAGAAAAGGUGAAUGCCCUAGAGGGCAGAAUGAGAUAUCAGAUCGAAAAACUUGUCCGGGCCGCGGAAGACACCAGCCAAGGAGUUGUUGAUGGUACGUGGGCCUUGAAAACUGCCGAGGGCAAAUCAGCUCAUUGUGGACUACCCAGACCCUCUCGCAUUCAGACCAAACCCUCAAAACCUCGAGAACGGGAACAUGAGCAGCGACCAAGAUGAUGGUGAUGAAGAAAAUGACAGCCAUGAUCGGGACGGUAUAUACCGCCCCCCUAAGCUUGCUCCUGUGCCCUAUACCGAGUCCAGCAAAGACAAACGUGCGCGCCGUGCGCCAAUCCCUGCUGCCCUUUCCUCUUUGGCCCACCUUGACCCUUCCCGUCCAUUCGUGGAAUCCACGUCGGGCUUGGGCGCCACUCCAUCGAUGCAAAGCACCCGUGCACGGGAGAUCCAGCGCAUGACGGAGUUUGAGGAAGAGAAUAUGACACGCUUGGUGCUGAAGAAGAAGGAUGAUAAGAGGAGGCGAAAAGAUGAAGAGGAUAUUGCACUCGGUGGAACAGGUGGGAUCGUCGGAAGACGGCGUGGCGGGGGCUUGGAAGACGAGUUCUCUGACGUGCUUAGAUCUGUCGGACGGACGCGCAUGGGCGCGGUCGGGGACGGUUACGAGGAGCUGAGGACGAAAGGAAGGAAGCAGGAUGCGCUGUCGAGGGCAAGGACUCGGGGACGAGAUGAAGUUGAUGGGCCUGGAGGUGAUGAGCAGAGACAAAGAAAGAGGAGCCGGUUCGAGAAGGAAGUGCGUGUUGCGAAGAAACGGAUGUCUGCCAAGAACAAAAAGUAGUUUCAGAGUCCAGACUUCACAUAUUCAUAGCUUCAUAUACAAAAACAUUAGGAUAUCGAAAGUCUACCUGCGGCGACACAGAGCAAAAAUCUAUCAGAUCUACACGGUGUGCACACAUUCACUUUUGUCCCCUUCGGGGUGACAUGCG